CGUGUAACAACACUGUCGGGAAUUUGCUUAAUGUCUGGCUAUCUGUUAUUCGAUGCUUUCACGUUAAAUUGGCAAAAGACGUUGUUUGACUGCAAGCCAAGAAUUUCAAAAUAUCAGAUGAUGUUUGGCGUGAAUAUGUUUAGCGUUAUAUUGUGUUUUGUAAGUCUUGUUGAGCAAGGAACUUUGAUUUCGCCGUUUCAUUUUCUGGUAGCUCAUGAAGGAUUUGCAAGAGACGUAUUCCUGUUAUCAUUGUUUGGCGCUCUGGGACAGGUUGUAAUAUAUGCAACAAUUGAGCGCUUUGGCCCAGUGAUAUUUGCUGUGAUGAUGACGUUGCGGCAGAUUUUUUCGAUAAUGCUUUCAACGGUGGCUUAUGGGCAUCCCAUAUCAGCGCUUUCAGUUCUUGGCUUUUUUAUAACAUUCAGCGCUAUUUUUAUCAAUAUCUACAGAAGACAUCGUGUCGUGCAAAAUAGGCAUCAAUUGGAUACAUAA